AAUUUUCUAUUGCCUGAAUCUAGUUACCUUUGUCUCAGUCUUUUCGGGGCUAAACAAUAGGCAUAUUCAGAUAGACUCUCAAAUUAUAAUAACACACAUUCGGAAGGUCUUUCGCUAUGCUAUCGAAUACCGAAAUAAACAGCUCAGCUACGGCAGAUGGAGAACCGAAUCUCAACUUAAAUCGAGGGUCGCACACUUCGGAAACGAAAAUGCUCAAGCUCGGAACCGAAGGAAUAAACAAGAGACCACUUGGGUUGAUGCUGGUGGCCGUGGUUCCAAGAUAGGGAAAGUCAAGUUGGUACCACGCGGUCGACCAAACUGGAUGCGUGAUCCAUUUGGUCGAACGCAAAUAAUUCAAAAUCUAAUCAUCAUGGUCCCCAUCGGCAUUUUACUGGCGGAUCGCAUCCUAGAAUUUAUAUUUGCUAAGUAAUCGUCGUCAAUGAUCGGUCUCGGGUUUAUUUUCAAAAUGUGCCGAAAAGUUUGGUAAAUAAAUUAUUCGACGGUUGUACGAAA